ACACCGCCAUAAAAUUUUUACAUGCAGCUUGACCAUGGAGACAGUGAUUUUUGUACCAGAAUAUCCCUGAUUAUAUUCGCUAUUAGGCCACGAGGUUCAAUUAAAUCUGGGACUCUAUCAUUAUUAUUUUCCAUUUGACUCAAGCUUUGGAUGAAGUUUUAGCGAUGAGCGGACAUUGGGGUGAGAUGAGUGGGUCAAUUGUUUCACCUUUGACCUCCUCUAUGGUUGACAUGGAGACCCUGGCUAUGAAGUCACAGAGUGUCCAGGUCAAAGUGCCUCAUCUUCAUCAACCUUCUGCUCAACAGAAGCCACAGAUUCAUCAAUUGCAGUCUGAGUUAUGCCGACCUGAUGUAACCAGUCUCCACUCAAUAGAAUUACUCAAACACUGCAGGCAAAUCAGAACAAGAAUGCUCACGCACCACCAUCAUCAAGAAUCCUCGAAAGGAGAAGAGAGAUUCAGCAGUACCAGGCUACCACCCCUACCGCCCCAGCCUCAGAUACAAACCACUGAUAAGCCAUCUAUCCCCGUCAUCACUGGUAUCAAAGCAAGACCAGAGUGUCCAAGAUUAAAACUGCCUGAUGGAAGUGUCGAGAUUGACGCUGGGAUAGCCAGACAACUCACCUGUCGAGCAGUCGCCACCAUCUGUUCACAUAGUGGAUAUGAUUCAAGUCAGGAAUCUUCAUUGGAAACAUUAACAGAUGUUCUUCAGGAGUUCUUAUGUAACACUUGUAAACUACUCAGAGUAGCCGUAGACAGGGAGGCUCUUACUGGCCACACGGGAUUCCAAGAUACCCUCACCCAAGUUUUCCAUGAGAUUGGUGUCGGGAGCACUCAGACCCUCAUCAGUUUCUGGAAGACCAGGAUACGAGACUAUCAUGACCGCAUCCUGAAACAGACCGAGGACAUUAGAGGGAAAUACGAGGACAUGAAGAAUCCAAAUUACCAGCCACAAGACGACAAGUCACCAAGGGUGAAAGAAGAGCCUCUGUCUGAUAUUUCCUUCCAUGAUUCUCAGUCACAGCCCCAUGACGAUAGCCACGAGAACAAUAGUGAAACUUCCUCAUCUGAGACACCAUCCAAUCAGCCACUCUCUUUCCACAGCCUCAGUGGGAUGGACUUGGAUGACUCCAGUGGUGCAGUGACGGUGGUUGAAAGGGGAGGAGAGAGAAGAGAAGGAGAGGAGGAGGAGGUGGAUGAGAGCAGCAGUGAAUGGUACCAAGGGGUGAAGGAAGAAGAUAACGGGGAAGAUGCAUCAAGCUCGUCGGCGGGGAUAGCUGGUGUGAAGAGAGAGCUGAUGAGUGGGGAGGAUGAGAAUGCACAGGACGUGAAGAUUGAGGAAGCAAUAAUUGGGGAAUCCCCUCUUAUAUCCCACUUGCAAACAAGCCACGCCCUUGAUGUUGAUAACACCUCACCCAUAGAAAAGAAGAUACACUUGAAUAUGCCACCAAGAAAGAAGAAGAAGAAGUGAAUUUAUUUGGAGAUCAUUUUGUCUUGCCUGCAUAGCAGAAGUGAUACAUACACAUAGGCAGCGGCAUCAGAAUGGAAAGUUUAACCAAGGAUUAGUUUUUGUCUUACCUGCGUAGCAGAGUGAGACUAUAGG